AUGAAAGGAUCAGGAUCAAUCUGUAGUUCAAGGGGAAGGAAAUGGGGGGGAGGCCAAGGUAGAGUUCAAGGGGACAGAAAGGUGGAGUCCAAGGUGGAGUUCAAGGGGACAGAAAGGUGGAGGCCAAGGUGGAGUUCAAGGGGACAGAAAGGUGGAGGCCAAGGUGGAGUUCAAGGGGACAGAAAGGUGGAGGCCAAGGUGGAGUUCAAGGGGACAGAAAGGUGGAGGCCAAGGUGGAGUUCAAGGGGACAGAAAGGUGGAGGCCAAGGUGGAGUUCAAGGGGACAGAAAGGUGGAGGCCAAGGUCGAGUUCAAGGGGACAGAAAGGUGGAGGCCAAGGUCGAGUUCAAGAGGACAGAAAGGUGGAGGCCAAGGUGGAGUUCAAGGGGACAGAAAGGUGGAGGCCAAGGUGGAGUUCAGGGAUAGGAAAGGUGAAGUCCAAGGGGAAGGAAAGCUGGAGCUAAAGGAAGAGUUCAAGGGUAAGAAAGGUGGAGUCCGGGGUGGAGUUCAGGGAUAG